AUGUUUAUUAUUUUUUUUCUUUUUAUUGUCCCGAUAGAUAAUUAUGACUUUGCAAAAUUCUUUUGGUCAUAUGUGAUCAAAAAUAUUACAGCAGAGAUCUUAACGCAAAAUGUAAGAAUUUAUUGGGGUCAUUCCAAUAAACCAGGUGCAACUGUUGGAACAUUAUUAGAUGAUAGCAAUUAUAUUAAUUGGUUCAUCAAAAACGUAAAAUGUAUACCAACCACUAUAAAGACAUGUGAAUUAUCAAGCAAUAUAUUUGCGGACAAUAAGGAAUUGAAAGAAUUAUGUGGAAAAUACAUGUGUUUUCCUUCGAUUUCGUUACCACAAGAUAAGAUAAUUUGGCAUAGUAUAUUUAAUUUCAAAACAAAACUUUCUGGUAAUGAUUAUUUUGAUUUACUUGAAAAGAUUCGUCUUGAUGAAAGAAAUUUAAAAGAUAAUCUUGAUCGUAUACAAAUGAUAUAUUAUCAUAUAUUAAAAGAAAUAUAUUUUUGGUCAUCCAAUGAACGAAAGACAAUGAAAACACAAGCAAAAUCCUUUUAUCUAUUAACUGAAAACGAUCAAUGGAAAUUGGCUAAUGAUUUAUAUCUUUAUAUGGAGGGUAAUGGAACAAAUAACAAUUUAAAUGAUACAAUUCCAUGUCUAAAACUUGAUUAUAAAAAUAGAAAUCAUUCACAUUUGAAUCAAUUUCUGGAUUUAUUUAAUAUAAAACAAAUUACAAUGAAUGAUAUAAAACUUGCUGAUAAACAAUCUUCCCCUGCUGAACACUUUAGAUGA